AUGGCUCUUGGUAUUGAAAUAGGAUUGGGCGUCGCUUUCACUAUGAUCGCGCUCGCACCAAUGGUCCCAGACUGGAUCCGAAACAAUCCUUUACCAGAGACGAAGAUCAACGUUAUGGUCGGCUUACCCAAGCUCACCCCGGAGGAACAAGGACGCAAGGAAGAAGUUUACGGUCAAUUGAGCUUUGGCGGGUGCGCUCCUGCGAUAGGGUUAUUCAACGCAAAUGGCGACCGUAUCGGAUACUAUGACAAUGAUGCGUGCGAUGAUGUGGAUGAAGGAAAUCACGUUGAUCAGAACGCUCCCAAGGAUCUCAUGGCAAAAUAUAUCAAGCCCGGGAGUACGGAAAAGACAGAGUACAUCACUGUAAGCGCCGCUGGCAUUGACGCCAUUUGCAUUUCCGCCAUCACCGUCACCUUCCCGUCUUCGAGUGAUAUCUACGCGUUCCUGCCAGGCGAAGUCGCCGCUGUGUGCAGGGAAUAUGAUCCAGUCAAACACGACUACCAAUACUCCGACUCUGAAGCCACCGUGCAAUUCAAAGACCCCAACAGCCAGAAGACCCAAAUUGGUCGUCCGCGCUGCCUCUGGAUUGAUAAGUCCGACAAGGAUGGCCUCAGCGCGACGAAGUGGCAAGGCUUCCAAGUACAUCUCCCCGACUUCAAGCUCGACAACAGCACCUUCAAAGGCUGGGAAGAGGACCCAGGCCAGAUGUGCAAUGCGCUGGCUCGAUUCAGCGGCUACGAGGUUUUGAACCAUAUGAUGUGUCCCCAGGUUUUUAGUCCCGCGCCAAUGGCCGGUGAAGCGCUACCGCUGCAAGAGAUCACGCCUUGUCUUCCUGGAGUGGUGAAACCCAGCGACGGCCGGAAUAACGGCAAACCCUUCACCACGCCGUGCGACGACACGCGCUUGACCUUCCAAUAUCGCUACAAUAUUAUCAAACAAUACGGCAGGGACUGUCGUUGGAGGAGGUGGUACGGCGAUUGCGAGGAUUCUCGCAUCGGUUGUCCAGCGGAUGGAGAAGGUCUCGACGAUGUUCCGGACGAUUUCCAGAGCGAGGACGCAAGGGACACAUGGACACCCAGUACGCGGCAUCGGCGUUCCUGUUUCUCUUCCCGAAAGCAGCCCCGUGUGGUGGUCAAGAACACCGAGUUCGUCACUGACGAUGACUUUCCCACUGAGCAUCACCCACUGCAGAAGCGGUUUGCUGGCAUGUUAGUCAAGAGUCGAGAUGUGACACAGAGUGCUGAGCGAGCUUGCACUGAUUCUGGAAUGGUGGGGCCGGAUAUCUACGACCAUAAGGGGAUGUUCUGCGAUAUGGUGACGCGCAAGUUAUACCCGACAUGUAAAAGCGAGAGGGACGUAGAAUGUUUUGAUCCGGCACUCAAUGUAACGCGUAGUGGGCAGAUAGAGAAGAGGGCGGCGAUGAAGAAGUAUGUGCGCAUUCGAGACCUGUAUUAG